CGCGGAGGCCAUUCCAAGCUUCUCUGUAUCGUUGCAAAUUUAGCGGAUGUCCCGCGGCGAGGUCCCACUGACCCAAACUUUCUGACCCUAGAUUGCGAGCAUUCACCGUGGCAGGGUUUUGGCGAAGCAGCCGCCCGAAGGGGCGUUGGAAAAGGAGGAAGAUCGGCAGGAUGGCAGUACGAUGGCACACUGUCGGCAGGCUUGUGCUGCUGAUCGUGCUCGUGGUGGUGAUGGUGACGGCCUCCGUCAUGCUGCCGGUAGAGAAGGUACUGAGGAAUUUCAUCGUUUGGCUGAAGAAUGAUGUUGGGCCCUGGGGCCCCUUGGUUCUGAUUCUUGCCUAUAUUCCAUCAUCGGUUCUGGCGAUUCCCGGCUCAAUCCUCACUCUGGGCGGAGGCUAUCUCUUCGGCCUACCCCUCGGCUUUGCAGCCGAUUCAAUUGGGUCAACAGCUGGUGCUGCGGCGGCCUUCUUAGUAGGAAGGACGAUCGGCCGGGCGUACGUUGUUUCUAAAGUCCGAGCUUAUCCCCGGUUCACAGCGAUUGCAACUGCCAUUGAGCUCUCUGGUUUCAAGAUUGUGUUUCUGCUCCGCCUUGUGCCGAUGCUCCCGUUCAAUGUCUUGAAUUACCUCCUCUCGAUCACGCCUCUCAAUGUAUCGACGUACACGUUGGCCUCAUGGCUUGGCAUGAUGCCGUCCACAUUAGUGCUGGUUUACGUAGGGACAACGUUGAAGAGCAUCCAGGACAUCAUUCAUGGAGGAGGAGAGCCUCCAAGUAAAUGGAAAUGGGCCUUUGUCGUGGUCGGGCUUCUCUUCUCGGUGGCCAUCCUUUCACUGGUUACCGCCAUUGCAAAGAAGUCCCUGAAGAAGGUGCUGGAAGAGCAGAGCAUGACAAGCCCCGCAGGAACGGAGGUCGCUGCUGCAGCUGAAACUGUCAUCGUCCUUCCAUCCCCCGGUUCAGAGGCAGGUGACAAGCACAGUAACGAAACCUUUAAGGAACCGCUCCUCGUCAGACUGCAUGGCCCGUCUCCUGCAGCUACCGUUAGUCCAAGGUACGACGAUUUGCCCUGAGCAGUAGUGUUGGGGUGUGUAUUUGUAUCUGCACCUGCUCGAGAGUCAAUUGGCAUAAAACUGUGAAAGUAUGGAGAGAGCGCAUUUCUUUCCAAGGGCGUCGCACCUAGCGUUUUCAAAUUCAUUGUAUUCCAGCAGGAUUCAAGUUCAUGAUGUGUUCAUUAAUAGUGUUACACUCUCUGGGUACAGAGAGGGUGCGCCUCCAUUUAUUCUUUGAGAAUUUUCCUCCAUCCGGCAGCUGCAUGCCUUGGUGUCCGUUAUGAGAACUUGAAAACCCCGCAGGCCCGCACUGCACAGAGGGUAUGUUUCCAUUGUUCUUGGACCAUUUGCCUGCGUCCAGCAGCAGCAUGCAAUGGUUUCCGUUGCGAUGUGAGAGUGGCUCAGGAUCCUUGAGGCACAUACAUGCGUAGUGGGUAAGUUUCCGUUGUUGUUGAAGCAUUUUCCUGCAUCCACGAGCAGUGCACAUUGGUGGCGGUAGCGAGAAUUUGAGACAUAGCAAGACCUCGGGACCCUACGAGAACAUCACUGCACCGAGGGUAUGUUUCUGUUGUUCGUUGAACCAUUUGCCUGUGUCCAACGGCAGCAUGCCAUUGUUCCCAUUGUGAUGCGAGAGGGGCUCGGGACCCCGUUCCAGGCCGAUACUGCGGAGCCGCGGCUAUGUUUUCGUUGUUCCUGAACCAUUAUUUUCCUGUGUCCAUCAGCAACAGACAUUGGUGGCGGUAGCGAGAAGUUGACACCCGCAACGAGAACUUGGGACCCUACAGGCCCGCAAUGCACGGAGGGUAUGUUUCCAUUGUUCUUGAACCAUUUGCCUGUGUUCAGCAGUGGCGUGCAAUGGUUUCCGUUGUGAUGCAAGAGUGGCUCGGGACCCUCCAGAGCUGUGACUAUGUUUCCGUCAUUCGUGAAGCAUUUUCCUGUGUCCACGAGCAGCACACAUUGAUGGCAGUAGCGAGAAGUCGACACCCUGUAGCGAAGACUGGGGACCCAUGAUGCAAGAGUGGCUCUGGAGCCUUCAGGACCAUACUGCAGAGCAGCAGCUAUGCUUCCUUUGUUCUUGAAGCAUUUUCCUGCGUCCACGAGCAGCACACAUUGGUGGUGGUAGCGAGAAGCCGCCAUAACUUGGGACCUAUGAUGCCAGAGCAGCUCAGGACCCUCCAGGCCCAUACUGCAGAGCAGCGGCUAUGUUUCCGGUGUUCGUGUAAUUUCUUGACGCAUUUUCCUGCAUCCACGAGCAGCGCGCAUUGGUGGCGGUAGGGAGCAGGAGUCACCCAUUAACGAGGACUCGGCACCCUAUGUGCCCACGCUCCGCAGAGGGUAUGUUUCCGUUGUCCUUGAACCAUUUGCUUGCUUCUAGCAGUAUCGCGCAGUGGUUUCUGUUGUGAUGUGAGAGUGGCUCAGGACCCUCCAGGUCUGUACUGCAGCGCAGUGGCCAUGUUUCCGUUGUUCGUUAAGCAUUUUCCUGCGUUCGUCAGCAGCGCACAUUGGUGGCGGUAGUGAGAAGUCGAGACCCGUAGCGAGAACUUGGGACCCUGCAGGCCCAUACUGCACAGAGGGUUUGAAGUAACCAGAGGUAGAUGCAAUUUUUGUAUGAGAGCCAUUGGGAGGCUCGACCAGAAAUUCGGGACCUUUUUCUACAGCCAACUGGCAAUUCACCUAAUCGUCUGCAGCCAUGCUUAGCUUCUGUUGGCGGCGAGAAGCUCAUGACGAUUAUAUUCAUUGUUCAACAGCUCAACUCUCCAGGACCACCUAUGGUGAUGAUAGUCUGACUGCUAACCAUGGUCACUUUUAUCAGCAGUGUCGUACAUUUCUUGGCCUCAAUUUCUUGGCCUCAAAUUUUUAUGUGCUACUCUUUUAUUUGUACUAUUUUUUAUUUUAUUUUUCAUGCCCAUGUUAGUUGAACUGCGGAUAACUUCUUUCCAAUGUUAUUGGGAUGGAAAUGAAGGUCGAGUAGGUCUCGCAUCAGUCUUGAUC